CUAGCUUUGUGAUCAUUGCUACGGGAGAGCGCUCAGGUGUCCUUUGCUCUCGGUGUAGGGUGCGAAGGCUUCUUUGGCCUAGCCGCGUAACGUAAUUCUAAUUCUUGUUGAAGACUGAGGAAAGAUUGUCUUCAAUGGCCGCGUCCGAUCGUCUUGCCUGGCUUGCGCCAGUUGUGUUGAUGGUAUUGUAUGUAUCGCUGGUCUCGGGGCCUUUUGUUGCGUUUGCGGCUCCUCAAUCCCGGAGCAGAGACAGUGCCGCGGAUCUCGAGCCUUGCACGGCGAGUAACUGCAAACUGCCGACUUGCUUCUGCUCCGGAACUACACCACCGGGUGGGCUCGCACCGGCCAACAGCCCUCAGAUUGUGAUGCUAACGUUUGAUGACAAUGUAAACACACAGGUGUACGACUUCCAGAAGCAGAUCCUCUCCGGACAGUACAAGAACCCGAACGGCUGCCCGAUGACGGCCACGUUUUUCGUGUGCCACGAGUACACGGAUUACUACACCGUGGAGUAUCUGUACACGCAGCGCAACGAGAUAGCCGACCAUACCAUCACGCAUCGCACGCCCACAACCUGGUGGGCCAAUGCCACCGUGGAUGAGUGGCGCGGUGAGAUAGCCGGCAUGAAGACCAUCCUGGAGAUGUUUGCCAACAUUCCGGCUGCAAACAUCACCGGAUUCCGUGCACCGUAUCUUCAGGCGGGCGGUGAUCGACAAUUCAGCGUGUUGAAAGAGCAGAGUUUCGUGUAUGACUCUACGAUGCCGACGUGCAAGUACGUCGACCCGCCUAUGUACCCCUAUACGCUGGACUAUGCGCGCACCGAGGAGUGCAUGAUACCACCGUGUCCCACCCAGUCGUACCCGGGCAUGUGGGAAGUACCCCUGGUUGGCCUGGAGUCGGACCGCACAGGCCAGUGCUACUCCAUGGUGGACGCCUUCACGCCAACCAGCGUGGACGACGCUUACCAAUUCCUGCGGGCCAACUUUGACCGUCACUACAAGAGCAAUCGUGCGCCGUACGGCAUCUUCAUGCACGCCGCCUGGUUCCUGCAGCACCCGAACGAGGCGUUUCCCGCCGUCGAGAAGCUGAUCGGCGAGCUGGCCGCCAUGGACGAUGUCUGGCUGGUCAGCGUGGCGCAGAUGCUGGACUGGAUGCGCAGUCCGCAGGCACUGACCUCAGUCAAGGACUUUGCCCCGUUCCAGUGCACGGCACCAGUGAUGCCGCCGGUGUGCGCCGAGUCCGCCGCUUACAACUGCCACUUCACGGACAUGAACGGUGACGGUGGUGACGGUGCUGGUGGUGGUGGCGAGGGCGGCGCACUCUGUGCGGAGUACACUGGCGAACGGCGUCCGCUGCAAGCACUGCCGUCGCUGUGCAAGACCGACAUGGAGCACUACAUGAGAACGUGUUCGCCGUGUCCCGCACACUACCCCUGGUACGGCAACCCAACUGGAAAGUAAGGGCAUUUGACAACGACAAUAAUGACGACAACGACUCCAACAGUGGCCCCUUUGUGUCAGCAUGGGGUUUCUGUUCAAGGACCACAUAACAUAUUAAGGCACCCUCGCUUGAAGGUAUUAUCAUGGAGGUGGAAGCCGACCCAAAAGGGUGGUUUUAUAGACUUGUCCGGGCAAUCUGGUGAUAUUUUCCGUCCUGUUGUUGCGUGAUCGACUGAAGUUCUGGUACAGGCUUUCCUGAAAUUUCAUUCUUGUACCUGCCUACAAUGCAGUAAACAUAUCCGAGAUACAUGACAUUCCCUUUGUUCCCUUUACUCCCCCCCCCCCUGGGUUUCAAGAAAUAUGAAGUUUUAGUCUUCUCUUUGACUCCCAUGCUGUUACCAAAAUCUACAAUAACGUUAGCUAUCAUUGUAAAACGGCGAGUGUUCACCUGUUGGCAGA